CAUAUUCGUAUUGUAAAUAAUCAGUACGCUGUGAGCAAUUAAAGUAACAAAAUGUGAAGAAAACGUAAUCUGUGUUAACAAUGGAAAACGAUAGUUUAGCGAUUGUUUAUAUUGCAAAUGAAGAAAAAGAAUUAAAUCUUACAAUUAUUUAUGGACAAACAAUAGAAGAUCUUUGUAUCAAGAUCUGUAAAUCUCUUGGAAUAGGUCCAAUAGCCAGACAUCUUUUUGCUCUUAGAAAUCAUUAUACAAAACUUUGGUAUUCAUUAUCAUAUCGUUUGGAAAUGAAAAAUAAAGAUAAAUUUGACUUUAGAUUAAGAUUUAAACCUUCAAGUUUAAAAAGAUUAAAACAGAUUGAUGUAAAUGCCUAUGAUUAUUAUUUUCAACAAGCACGUUCAGAUGUUAUGGAUAAUAAGGUGCCAGAUAUUGUUUAUGAAAUACAUAAACAAGAAUUAAUUGGACUUGGUGUUACUGAUAUGUAUAGAGUAAUGUUAGAAAAAGGAAUACCAAGAGAAACAGUGGAAUCAGAGUAUAGAAAAUAUAUUCCUAGGGAAUGUAUAAAACGUCAUGCAUUUUUCAUUAAAAAACCAAUUCAUAAUGCACUUCUGGAAAUCUGUAAAAUAUCUGGAUAUGAUGCAAAUUAUGUUAAAGAACAAUAUUUGAAACAAUUUGAAUGUAUGGCACCAAAUUAUCCAUAUGAAGAAUAUGAAGCUUUAAUGGAUAGAGAUCUUCAAAAUCCUCCAAUAAAAGUGACUUUAAGGGUCAAUGUAGAUGAAGUAAAAUAUUGUGAAUUAAAUGUUGCUUCAUGGGUUACAUUAUGUGCAAUUGAAGAUUUAUGUUUUGUUUCUAUAAGACAAGAUAAUACAGUGGAAAUAUCGAGAAAAAAUGGUAUACCUUCAUAUUUAAAAUUUUCAAAAAAUGCACUUUUAAUGUCUUUUGUUUCUGCUCUGGAUGGUUAUUAUCGUCUAGCAGUUAAAUGGACAUUUAAUUUAUGUGGAGAGAUUGUCACUCCUUCUUUAGAAAGAUUACAUAAAUUAAAGUGUCAUGGUCCAGUUGGGCAAGAAUUUUCAUAUACAAAACUUCAACAAAAACGUGCUAAUAAACCAGGUUCUUAUCUACUUAGAGAAAGUGAAACAGAAUAUAAUGUAUAUCAUUUAGAUAUAUGUAAUAAGGGAGGAAAACUAUUUUCAAGGAGAAUAGAAGAAAAAAUUCCAAAUGAGUUCACUGUUAUUGGAAUUCCUAAUCGAUACAAUUCAUUGGUACAAUGUGUCUCAUCUUUUCAAGAUUCUGAAGGACAGCCAUAUCUUUCAGAAUGUUUACCACCCUCAGAAUAUGAUAAGUCAUCACUAUUACUUUGUGCUCCUGAAAAUGCUGUUAGUGAAGUUGCAGCUGAUGAAGAAAUUGUUGCUUCAGUUUUAGAAACUGGUCCUCAUUGUGUAUCUCAAAAUCAAUUAGAAAUUUAUAAACCUUUUUUAAAAACUAUUAGGACUCAACAAUAUUCACCAACAACUCUUCACAGAGCGAUUUGGAGGUUAACUAAAGGAAAAAAAUUAGAAGUUGCUCUUAAAAUUUUAAAACAAGAAGAAGAAGCAAAUUAUACAAAAGAAUUUUUGGAACUUGCUGGAAAAUGGUCUCAAUUACGUUCAGGUACUCUUGUAAGUAGAUUAUAUGGUUUAACAGUAACACCAUCAAUUGGAAUGCUCUUGGAAUUGGUACGACAUGGUUCACUUGAUGAAUAUUUACGUAGUUCUUCUUCUCAAACUAUUAAAACUGUAGAUAUGGUAGAAGCAACAGCCUGUUUGGCCGCUGCUCUUUGGCAUCUUGAAGAAAAUGGUGUAGUUCAUGGUAACAUUAGAUGCAAUAAGCUGUUAGUACAUGCCCAUACUAAUAACAGUUUUGUAGUAAAAUUAGCCGAUCCAGGAAUAUUUGUAUAUACAGAAAUGGAUAUUCAUUGGUUACCUCCAGAGACUUAUAAUGAUCUAGAAUUGGCCAGACAUAGUUUUCAAGCAGAUAUUUGGGCUGUUGGAACAACAAUUUGGCAAAUAUUUGCUAGAGGAGAUACAUUACAAGAAUUUUCAAAUGUUACUAUUGUAAAAAAACAUUAUGAAGCAGGAAAACGUUUACCUAUUCCAAAUGGUUGUCCUACAGAAGUUUAUCGAUUGAUGCUUGAAUGUUGGGGAGAUUCAAAUGGUUCUAGAAAACAACCUCAAGCAAUUACAAGAGAUAUAAAUCAAAUUCUAUAUCAAGUAUAUAAUUCUCGUAGAAGUCAUGCAUAUGCAACAGCUUUUCCAAAAUUACUUAAUUCUCAAUUAAAAAAGUUUGAGCAAGGUAACUUUAAUUCCAAUAAUAAUAAAUCAAUAAAUAGUGAAUCAAGAAGUAAUAGUCUUCUUAUGGAUAAUACCAGUCUUCCCUGGAAUGAUACUGAUGAUAAUUUACAAGGUUUAAUCAAUACCAAUGAUAAUUAUAUAGAUAGUACAGAAGAUCUUUCUGCAUAUUUAGCAAGAAGAGAUUCAGAAAAUUGCUCGAUCUCUCAAAAUAACAUUCCCAAUAUGAAUUGUAUUGAACAUUCUACUCAAGCUUUAUGGAUAGGACAUCCUAGUGAUUUAGGCGAGGUAAUAGGAAGAAAUGAAUCUGGAACAGCAGAAGAUUGUGGAUCUGGAAGUAGCAAUGGUUCUUUAGGUCAAAUGCGAGGAAUUUAUGAAUUAGAUAUUGAUUGUAAUGUAAUUCUACAAGGGAAAAUUGGUCAAGGUUUUUAUGGAGAAGUUUAUAGAGGCACAUUAGAAAGAGAAAAUGGAAAAGAUAUUGAACCACAACAAGUUGCUAUAAAAAAAUUAAAAAAAAAAAGGGCUCUUGAAACUGAUAUAAAUGAUUUUGAAAGAGAAAUUACUAUAAUGAAGACUUUAAAUCAUCCAAAUGUAGUAAAAAUUCUCGGAGUAAUAUCAGAACCUGAAGUUUGUUUAGUAAUGGAAUAUGUAAAACAUGGUUCAUUGCAAAGUUAUUUAGCAAUUCACAAACAAGAAUUAACACAUAGAAGACUAUUGGGAUUUGCUUUAGAUAUUGCAACAGGAAUGGAUUAUUUAGGUAGUGAGGGUAUUGUUCAUAGAGAUCUUGCUGCAAGAAAUAUUUUAGUUGCUGAUGAAAAUAAAGUUAAAAUCAGUGAUUUUGGAUUAGCUCAAGUUAUUGGAGAAAAUGAUUAUUAUAUUUUACAAACUGACCGAAGUCUUCCUAUUAAGUGGUAUGCUCCAGAAAGUAUUAGAGAUGGAAAAUUUUCUAUUCGAUCAGAUGUGUGGUCUUUUGGUGUAACAAUGUAUGAAACAUUUAGUUUUGGAGAAGAACCACGUUUACCUGGUCUUGAUUCUAGUACAGAGCGACUUCAAAAUGAACAAGAAAAAGGAAGUACUGAACUAUUAGCUGCAUUAGAAAAUGGUAUUCGUCUUCCUUGUCCAUUUACUUGUCCACAAGCAAUUUAUGUAAAACUUAUGCAUCCCUGUUGGAAUUUAAAAAGCCAUAAAAGACCAGAUUUUGCAACACUUUGCAAAGAUAUUGAAGAUCUUCUUACUCAAUAUUAAAAAGUAAAAA